CUUCCCAAGCCGGGAUGUCGGGUCCGAAUGGGGAGCCGCAGCUCCCCAUGGGGCGGGGCGGCGAGGAGGAGGAGGAGGAAGGCUACGGGGAGGCAGAAUACGCUGCCAUCAACCUGAUGCUGGACCAGAUCAACUCUUGCCUGGAUCACUUGGAGGAGAAAAACGAUCACCUAAACAGCCAGCUGAAGGAGCUGCUGGAAUCGAACCGGCAGGCCCGUCUGGAGUUCCAGCAGCAGCAGCAGCUUGGACAGGAUGGGACACUCCAGAAAGCCCAGCCGGAUUCUUAAGGGUCGAAAAAUCAACUUUUGAGACUUUAAAGCAGGAAUCGGCAACCUUACAACACUCCAAGAGCCAUUUGGAAAACACCGGGAGCCACAAAACCUGACUAUUUCCUGAACGGCCACAAAACUAGCAUAUGUAGUUGAAUUAAAAGUUCUGUUUUCGUCCAAUACUUUUCUUUUCUAGGAUUUAACCACAGUUGGCCUACCGGCGGUUGAAAAGCUCAUAUUUUGAGCAACAGGAAGCCGCAGAAGAGCGAUGAAAGAUUAUUGGAAAGACACAGGUUGAGACAUGAAAACUAUUAACAAAAUACUAGCUAAAUAAUUAAAAUUAGAGCAUCAUGUUAAAAAUGAAGUGACAAUGAAUUAUAGCUAGAUAAUAAUGUAGACAUAUGUAUUGGUUCGACAAGAGAAAAUUUGGUAUAAAUUUUUAAAUGGGGACCAUGAAAGGAAGUUUUGAAACUUAGCUAUAUAUGAAAGCUUAUAAUAUUGAAAUUGGAUUGAUCAUAGAUAGAUAAUUGAUAAUGAUAUAAUGUAGACAUAUGUAUUGGUUCGACAAGAGAAAAUUUGGUAUAAAUUUUUAAAUGGGGAACACGAAAGGAAGUUUUGAAACUUAGUUAUGUGUGAAAGCCUGUAAUAUUGAAAUUGGAUAUAAAUUGUAAACAGUGAUGAAUAAAGGAGGUUUA